AUGGCAACUCCUAAAAGUACUUCUCUUAACUAUGCAAAAUUGAGAAACCAAAAAAGAAACAAUUCAAAUGUGGAUAUUGAUAAAGAUUUAGGAAAUUUGUAUCGCAAUUAAGAUACUUAACAAGCUAGUUCAUAAAUAAGAGUAUAAUAAGUAGAUAAUACUAACUUCUUGUAGGAAAAAAAAACAAAUUAAAUAAAUUAUAAUUAAAAUGGCUAAAUAGUAAAUAGCCAAUAAGAGCCUCAAUAAAAUUAGAUUGGUAAUAAUAAAGGUAUUCAUAAUUAAGCCUCUGCAGGGCAAGGAAAUUAAAACUAAUAAUAGCCUGUAUAAUCUCUGAAAUAAUAACAAUAAUAGUCUUUCUAAUUAAAUUAGAAAAAUAUACAAGAAUUUUAAUAUAAAUAGAACUCAACAUAAUAAUAUGACAACUAAAAUUAAAAUAUUUAACUUAAACCUGAAUUAAAUGUAAUAUAAAAUGAUUCCAAACAAGAUAAUUAAAAUUCCUUCUAAGCUUAAAAUCAGUCACAGUAGUUAUAACAAUAAAUUUAGAAUUAAGAAAAAAAAAGUUAACCAAGCGAUGCUGCUUAUUAAAGCAAUUAAGACUAUAUUGAUUAAAUGAUUAAGCAAAAGAAGCAUGUUGAAGAUCCUACAAAAUUAAAGUAAAAGAAUGUAAUAGGUAAAACACCAAUCCCACCAUUUAUGAAAAAUUUUCAUUAAAUGUAAUAAAUGUAAUAAUAACAAGAACUGAUUAUGAAGUAAUAAAAGACUAAGCAAUAACUCAAAAGCUCAUAAAGUUAAUAAUAUCAGCAAUAAAAUAGUAAUGAUACUGUGAGAUUAAAUUAAAAUUCAUCAGUAAACUCUUAGGCAAAAAAUGUUGCUGAAAAGUAAUAGGAAGACGAAUCUAUAUAAAUAGAAAAUAACUCUUAAUAGGUAAAUGAGUAAUAAACCAAUUAAGAUGAUAAACUUACUCAAAGAAAAACUUUAGGAAAUUCAUAACCAAAACUAUUUGAUUAAUUUUUUAGAAAUAACAGCUACUAAGGGACUUUGAGCUCCAAUAGUUAACCAUCUCAUUAAAUAUAAGUAGCAUAAACAUAAAGAAAUAAUAACACUCACUAAGAAAAAAUAUAAAAUAUCAGCGUUUUAAGUAAUUAAUCAGACUUAAAAAAUUCGAACAAUACAAGUCAAGUACUCACAUAGCCAGCCUAAUCUUAGCAAAUUUUUCAUUCUAAUCAUUUUAAUACUUCUCCUUCACACUCAAAUGAGCAGUAAUUGAUUAAUAAUUCUAGCUCAAAUUAACAUUAAAAUCAUCAUCUCUCAUCAAUUAAUAGAGAUAACCCUAUUACAAGUAAAAGAUAAUCUCAUACAUAGAUACAUCAGCACUAAUCUCAAUAAAGCUAAACUCAAAACCACUAAAAAAAGGAGUCUUCAUUAUUCAACUCUUAGUCAUCAACCAUAUUAAAUAAUUCACUUGGCAAUAUUAGCCCAACUGCAUAAUUCAACAAUCUUGACUCUAGUUAAUUUAACAUAAGUAAUAUUUCUAACAUACAAAAUCUAUCUCAUAAUGUAUCAAGUAUAAAUAAUUAAUCAAAUAUCAUGAUAAACUACAAUUCUAAUAAUGUGAUGAACAACUCAAAUAUGAACUCAACAAUGAGUUUCUAAAAAUAGUUUGAAGAGCAAUUACCAUAUAAUGAAAACAAUCAAGGAAAAGAAGAGGCUUAAAAUAGUGAUUUUUUGAACUCUCUUAAUAUUUAUAUAGAUUAUUUUAAUAGCGCUCUCUAAGAAGGUGAAAAGUCAGUUAAAAUUUCAUAAUAAUCAAAUACUAAUUUAGAGUUAUUCAAAGAAAAUUAAAGAUUAAAGUAAUAACUUGAGCAAUUAGAGGAAAAACUAAAGGAAACUGAAACAAGUAGAAAAAUUUUGAUCAAUGAUUUAAGCAAAUUAAAAAACAAAGAUAGUGAAUAUAAAAAAAAAAUUUAAUAACUGGCCAAAGAAAACAGUGAAACUAAAACUCUACUUUUAUCCACAAAUUAUAAACUACACCACACUAAGGAAUAAUAUGCAAAAGAAAAAAUUGAGCACGAAAACACUAAAUUUACUUUGAAAAAAGCUUUAUUAGCGAGAAGCAACAACUUGGAAAACAGUAAUUUGUUAAACAAGGCAGAUAAUAAUAUUACUUAAUAAAAAAACUAAACUUAAAAAAAAUCUUUCUUGCAAUAGUAUAAUAUUCAAGAAAAUAGGUCUCUCUAAAAUAAUUAAAAGUUUGGAAUCAACAAUUAAGCGAUUUCAUAAUAAUACUAAAGACCUUACUAAAAUUCUUACAAAAUUUUGAAUGACCCUCAUAACAAUUACAUAAAUGGGAAAUAAUACUAAAAUAGUGUGCCAUAAUUAUAUUCUAAUAGCAAUGAUCCUCCUUCUCUAAGUAGCUUAGUAGUUAAUUAGUAAUAAGUAUAUGAUGGUGAAUAAACAGCAAUUAGUAGAAUAGUUGACUAAGAUUUAAAGAUGGUAGAUCCUAUUUAUGUUAAUUAGGGUUAACCUUAAAAUUUUUCAAACUAAAUUAAUUUAUAAUAAAAUAUCUAAGAAUUACCUUUAAUAGCAGAAAGAUUUAAUGGUCCUGCAUUCGGAGGUGGUUUACAUAAUAUACAAUAAAAUGAGUUUGAUGAACUUGAAUGUAAAGAUUUUAAUCUAGAUGAUAGUAAUUAAAAUUUAGAUGUAUCAGGUCCUGAUAUUUACUAAGAUAAUCAUAAUAUGAUAGUGAGGGAUGAUCUCACUGAUAAUACUACAGAUAUAAUAAAUUUAAAUUAACCUUCACCAAGCAUCCACAUUUAGUCAGGUAUUCCUGCAUAAACAGGCGGAGCAAGAGUGAACUCUAUGCAUCAAUAAAAAUAUUAAAAUAAUUGUAUACAUCUCUUUGAGACAAAUCAAUAAUUAACUUCAAAUAAUUAACUUGGAUACAAACAAUAAGCUAGUAAUGUAAUGUAAGAGGACGACUAUGAAUAAGAUGGAGAAGAUAUGGAUCUUAGUGAUAAUUUUAAUUUAGACACUGAUAAUUAAAUUAAUGAAGAUAAUUCGGCUAUAAAUAUAGAAAAUUAAAACAAAGGAUAAUUAGAAGCUUUAACUCUUCCAAUACAAUCUGAUCUUGAUUUAGGUUAAGAUGGGUAGAAUUAAUAUUAUGAUUAUCAAAGCAACAAAAUAUUUAAUACUUACGAUAAUAGUAAUUUUAAAUACAGUACUCAUCGUGAUCAUAUAGAUUAGAAUACAAAAGGAAUAGGCUAACUAGCAGCAACAAGUUGCUCAUAUAAAAAAGGAGUUGGAAGCCUAGAUGAAGAUCAUGUAUAUUAAAUGAUGAAACUGCAAUAUCAUCCGACCUAUGAAAUGAAUAAAUAAAAUUAAAAUUUGAAAAUGGCAAACAAUAUAAUCAGCUAAUAAAACUAGCAAAAUUUAAAAAGUUAACUAAAGAAAUAGUAAAUUUAUCAUAACAGAAACCAAUAGGGAGGCAGAACUAUGAGCAUGUCUUAUCAAAAACCUUAAUUUUCUUCUUAAUAAAUUUAAAUGUUUUAAAUGAUGCAAAACUAAAAACAGAAAAUAAAUAUGUAAUAAUAAUAGCAAUAACAGAUAUACUAACAAUAAUAAUAACUACAACCUUUUGCUAAUUAUUUAUGA